AUUUCUGGAGGUCUUGAUUCAAAGCUUGUCAUAUGGGACUUUUCAAAAGGGCGGUCAUCCAAAGUUUUCGAUUUUGGCUUGCCUGACAUAAAUGGCAGUAGCAAUGCUGGUCAGUGUUUCAAUCCUGCUUUUGUUCAUGCAAUGACAGUUCCAGAUGUUGAUAUGCUGGGAAGAUUGGAGAAGAUAUGUGUUGUAGCCAGAGGUGAUGGUGUCAUCAAUGUGAUUAACAUUGAAUCUGAACCUGCUACUACUAGGUCAAGAAGUUCCUCAAAACCUCAAAAAGGAAAUCAGUCAGUGUCAAAGGGUAGUCUUCCAGCUGAUAAUGGGGAUCAAAAUGGAAGAAAAGUGUUGCAUUUGGAUUAUUCCAUGGGCGGUCAUACUGCUGCUGCAUCUUGUGUAGCUUUUUCAAUGUUUGGGGAGAAGGGGAAAUUCAUAAUAUCUGGUGGGAACGAUAAGUCAGUCAAGGUAUGGGAUUCCUCCAGGUGUCUUCAUUCUGGGGACAAUAAUAGUAACAAUGACCUCCUACAUCUGAGCAUAGAUUUGAGAAAGAAGGUUAAUUGGCUCUGUACCACACCAACUGAAAGCGAGAAUCUUGUCGUUUGUGACACAAGUAAAGUUGUAAAAGUCUACUCCAUUUCCUAGAUCAAAGCUCUGCGACCGUUUUUGCUGGUAAUCAAUUUCCCGGAAGACCUUGGCCCAAUUUUUGUGCUUGUUUUGGAGUAUACGUUUUAAUCUGAAGUCAGCUUGGCCCAAGUACCAGCUUUGUGCAACUAUGAACCCUCAUUUCACUUUCUCUAAUUCUAGAGUAGACAAGUUUUUAAUAGUCUGGCCGAACGGGUUAGUGUGACUGGUUUACUGGUGGGAUUCUUUAAAUGAAUCUAAGAUUGGAAUAGUUGUUUGUUUUUGUAAUAUGAAACUUGAAGCUAUUGAUGGUCAUGGAACUUUCUAUAAGAAGAACGAGUAGAAGGGUUCCAGAAUCACUAUAGAGAUGUAAGUAUUUUUAUAUUUAUAAAGUUUGUACCAAUACCAACUCUCCAAGUUUAUAACUGCCUUAUUGCUUACAAUGUU